CUUAUUUGCGCGUAUAUGUUAGAGAAUCUUGGAAUAUCUUUUUCAGAUUCACAUGUUCUCGCUUGUUAUCAACACGCGUAUAAGACUUCUAUUUCUUUCCUCUUGUUUUGCUAAGAGCGGACAACGUAUUACUAAAAAAAUCCACUUGGUCUGAUCCAAUAGUGAAAGAUGAACUGUUUGUACAUCGGUUUUAUAUUUUUCAUAUAUAAUUAUUAUGUAAUAUGGGGUCAGAACUCGAAAAUUCCAACUAAGAAUACUGUUCAUAAUGUUAACAGUGGGAACUCUAUGGUAAUAAUGGAGCAUAAAUCUACUGUAUUCCCAGGUCAUUGUCCGAAAGAUAUGAUUGUCUAUAACUUAAUCGACAGUGAGAAGAACGAAUCGAUAUGUGAUUGUAGACCUCGAUUCUUGUACUUCCGAUUGAACGAUUCUUGCCAUGAAGCUUACAGACAAGGUCCUUGUCCACCUAAGAAUUAUGUUGUUCUUCCUGAGAACGAGAUGGUUCCUCGCUGUGUGGAGAAUCCUUGCUUGCAAGAUGGAAUGGUGCAGUAUAAUGCCAAGUGUUAUCCUCUUAGAAAGAAAGGACCAUGUGCAUCCAAUGAAAUGAUAUUAAGUGUGAAUGAAACUACCUUCCAAUUGGAAUGUAUAGAUACAAGCAUUGGACCUCUGUACACAAUUGAUCCUCCUUUAAACCUCUGUCCAAAAGGCAGCGUUAGGAGUACACUUGGAAUAUGCAAAAAAAAAAAAUGGCAAACAAAGUCUCAGUGAUGCAUCAGGAUAAAAUAUUUUGUAUUUUAAUUUAAAUUAAGUCACUAUAGACGUAUCAUUUUCAUCCGCUACUUUGUUUCCAUAUAGAUGGACAGGUAUAGAGAGACCCAUCCACUGAGAACCUGAAUAAUUCAAAAUCUUUUGCAGACCUGUUGCUAUAAUUUAUUGCAAUGCAGCAAGACAUCUUGAAAUUGCAAUUUACAUUGGUUGCAGUCAGCCAAAAAAAAAAAACAGCUUUGCAACUAUUGUAAAAUUCUUUAAUACAAUUAGUUUUUUUUCUUAUUGUUAAUUUGUCACCAUGUACAUACAACCUGUCAGCCAGUGGACAGCCAGUGAACCAAGAUAGCGGGUGAGAAUCUAAUACUUAUUUCUAUAGUGUUCUAAUUUAAAUACAAGUUUAGGUACAUGCACACGUUACAAGAUAUACACUUGAAGAAUAUUAACUAAUAAAAUGUAAGCAUCAUAUAACAAA